CGGACAGCAUCUGCUAGCAUCGCCACAAUGCCGGAAGGGAACUGUUCAACGUUGAUCGAAGAUUCGUGCAAUGCCCCGGAAUGGAUAAACCAAUCGUACUUUGAGUCGCUGUUGAGAAAGUGCAAGGAUGAUGCAACGAUUAAAGUACAAUCGGUUCAAGUGAAAUAUGCAUUGGCAAAAGGUGAAAACUAUGCCAGUGUGAUCUACAGAGUGCAAGUGGUAUUUUAUAGCAAGGGUCAACCCGCUAGAACUCGCAGUUAUAUAAUCAAGGGUUUAUCAGAAACGGAGCUGGCCAAGCAGAAACUGGGAGAGUACAAUGUCCACGGAAAAGAAAUGGACAUCUAUCAGUUGGUGAUUCCAGAAUUACGACAGCUGAUGAGAUCUACCGGUGAUAGUUCGGACCUGUAUCCGAAUGCAUUGUGUGUCGAUCGAAAUAAUGACGUUAUGAUAUUCAACGAUGUUUCAAAAAAAGGGUUCGUAAUGACUGACAGAACCAAAGGGUUGGACGCAAUUCAUACAAAAAUAUCCCUCAAAGCAAUGGCCAAGCUACAUGCCAGUUCCUUGAAGCUAGUUGAAAUGUAUCCAAAAAUAUUUGAUAGUUACAAAACCGGAAUGAUUACUCGGGAAACGGAUGCUUUUCAUGAUUUUUUCCAAUCAACUUAUGAUGCUCUAACGGAUGAAAUCUACACGUGGGAUUCGGAAUGGCACUAUUACGCAAAUAAACUGCGGAAGCUCCGGCCGGAUUUCAUCGAACAAGGAUUAUCCGUAUUCGAUAACGAUAGUAAGGAUGAUCUUCGCGUUUUAGUUCAUGGUGAUUUAUGGAUCAAUAAUCUUAUGUUUAAAUACGACAAUGAUGGCCAUCCUGUGGAUGUAUUACUGCUAGAUUUUCAGUUUUGCUGCUACGGAACUCCCGCUAUUGAUUUGUGCUAUUUCUUUUUCACAUCGGCCAGGGACGAAAUUCGUCAAAAUGGCUUUGAAGAGUACAUGCAGUACUAUUACUAUCACCUGGCAGAGUAUGUGAAACGAUUAAACUGUACGCAGAAAUUCCCAACUUUACAUCAAUUUCAACGACAGAUUUUGAAAAAGAUGUUUUACGCUAUCUAUUCCAGUGUCGUAGCCCUACCUAUCCACUUGAAUGAAGAAACGGCGGAUGCCGAUUUCGAUGCGCUAAUGGCCGGGGAUGAGCGGUCGAAACGUUUCAAAAAGGUAAUCAUGGCAAACAAGAAGUACCACAAGAUCAUCAAAGGUCUUCUGCCGACUUUCGACAGGAAAGGCUUGCUGGACAAGCUCGAUUGAUGGCGGCAGUGUUUCGUAGUUUUCGGUGGAGGUUUGCUGAUAUUUUCAUUGCUGUUAUAGGAGCAUGUAGAACGCUUUUUGGAUAAUCAUUUCAUUGGUAGGUACACUACAUACCAGAAGAUCCUAAUUACAUGUGAUUUUGAUUUAUGUUAUUAUAAUUUUAUGAUUAGCGGAAUAAAACCAUA